GAUCUGCGCCUUUCUCUAUCAUCUCCUUCUCCUCCGCCCAGCCCACCGUCUUCCUUCUUGCUGCAUAUCCUGCUUUGACUACUACUCCUCCAAUAUCUUACUACUUCACAAUGGUUGCUGUUAACGACAAGUUCCCCACCGAGACCAAGUUUGUCUACGUCCCUAUCACCCCCGAGACCUCGGACAUCAAGGCCUGCGGUAUCCCCGGACCCUUGGACUUCGACAAGGAGUUUGCCGACAAGACCGUCGUCAUCGUCUCCAUCCCCGGUGCUUUCACUCCUACUUGCAUGGAGAACCAUGUUCCUCCCUUCCUCGAGCACCUGUCUGAUCUCAAGGCCAAGGGCGUCGAUGUUUUCAUCGUCGUUGCCGCCAACGAUCCUUUCGUCAUGAGCGCCUUUGCCAAGGCCAACAAGGUCUCCGACGACUCCGUCUACUUCGUCACCGACCCCGACGCGGAGCUCUCCAAGAAGCUCGGCUUCACCCUCCAGCUUCCCCCCGGAUUCGGUCUCCGCACCGGCCGCUACGCGCUCGUCGUCAAGAAGGGCGUCAUCACCUACGUCGGCAACGAGCCCGGCUCUGGCUUGACUGUCUCGUCCUACGAGUCUGUCAUUGCUGCUCUCUAAAUGCCUUCAUGUUCUGCUAUGGGAUAUGAAUUGUGUAGAGCUGCUGAAAAUAACAUUAUAUGUAUCAUUUUGAUGUGACGUGACUGGUGAAUUUACCUAUAUAGUAAAUACUACAAACCAAUACCUGAGUGAAUCGUGUAAAAUGUAGAUCAAAUAUAUUAUAGCUCAUUUUUGCUUC